GAAAAAUAAUUACAGUUUAGCUCUUUCUCUGUGAUAAUUCAUGAUAGGAUAUCACCUAUAAAAAAACCGAUGUUGUGGAUUUAUUUGAUAUUAUUCUGCUGAAAUAUUUUAAACUGAUUGAAACAUGGUUGUAGAGAAUGAAAAUAUAAUCAAAAAAAGUCCAUACAAAAUCAAUACACCAGCGAAUUACGAUGGUGCAGUUGUUGGUCUAGCGCGACGAUCUACAUUAUUUCCAUUCACAACACCUUUACCGGGAAUUUCAACAGCAGCUUUACAAUUAGAACAUUUAAUAGGAAGAAAUAAGAAAUGGACAACUGCCGGUUGGAAAUUAAGUUGUGAAUCAGGAUUAGUAUUUGGUACUCAGUUACAAGAUAAAGAAUAUGUCUAUUUGAAUGCUGCUGAGUUUGGUGAAGUGGAAGUUGUUCGAGAUUUAUUGGAUGAUAUAAAACUUGAUGUGAAUUGUGUAGAUUACAUGGGACGUAAUGCUUUAUUAUUGGCUAUGAAAAAUGAAAAUCUUGAUUUAGUGGAAUUAUUAGUGAAUAGAUUAGAUUUUUAUGCUGUUGAAGAUGCUUUACUGAAUGCAAUAAGUCAACAAAAAAAUCAUUUAGUUAAAUUGAUUGUUGAUCAUCCACAGUAUAUUCGAAUGGAGAAACAAUGUAAAAGUAAAGUGUCUGGUGCAUCAAGUGGUACAAAUAAUCGUGGCAAACGAUCACAAUUCUCGUCAGACAUUUCACCGUUAAUGCUUGCUGCACAUAUUAAUAAUCAUGAAAUUAUUCAAUUAUUACUAGAAAGAGGGUUAAAACUAGAAAUGCCACAUGAUCGUGCCUGUUCUUGUCUGGAAUGUGAAACUAUUCGUGCUGAAGAUUCAUUGAUAUUGGAACAACAACGCUUGCAUACUUAUCAAGCUUUAUCUAGUUCAGCUUAUUUGGCAUUAACUACAUCGGAUCCAGUAUCCACAGCAUUUAUUUUACGUAAUGAACUUUAUCAAUUAGCAUCACAGGAAAAACAGUUCAAAGAGGAAUAUUCAGAAUUAGCUGUUAAAUGUAUGGAUUUUGCAAUUAGUUGUGUGGAUCUCUGUCGUACAUCGGAUGAACUACAUUGUUUAUUAGGUGGUACAAUCGAUUCAAAACCGAAUGAUCGAGGAAACCCUUUGAACACUAUCAAGAAUGCAAUACAAUCUCAUGAGAAAAAGUUUGUUGCUCAUCCAAAUUGUCAACAUCAAAUGGAAAAUUUAUUUUAUAGUUUAAUGUUUUGCAUCCGAGAUUUCGAAGGUUUACAACGAUUACAAUUUGUGAUAAUUUUUCUCUCAAUACUACCAUUUUUGUAUGUUAUCUAUUUAUUUUUUCCAAAUUUUAAGAUGCCGCUUCCACAAAGUUUAAUAUAUCGUGAUCGCAGUGUCACAAAAUAUGAAGUGACAGAAAUACUACGAUGCCCCGUGACAAAAUUUCUUGGUCAUAUGGUUUCAUAUAUGACAUUUUUAAUAUUAAUUACUGUGGCUACUUUUCGUUUGGAUCGUUCAGCAGUCAGUGAUGGUGAAGAUAAUUGGGAAGUUAGAUAUACAGAAAUUUUAAGCUAUGAUUUUCGAACAUCUCAUGUAGUCAUGACCAAAAUUCAAAUAAUAUUAUUAUUUUGGAUACUUGGUCAACUUUGUAUGGAAUGUAAGCAAGUUUAUCAUUAUGGACUACGUUAUUUUUUUCGUAGUUAUUAUAAUUUUAUGGACUGGGUAUCUAUUGCCUUGUAUUUAGCAUCGUAUUCUUUAAGAAUCAUAGUUGACUUUAAAGUUCAAGCAUCAAUGGGACAAUAUCAAGAUGUACUAAAAGUGGCUCAAUCAAUUCUAUUGAAUGCUACAUGUUCCAGUUCAAAAUUUUGUGCCAGUACCGAAGCGACAACACAUGAAGAUUAUGUAAAUUAUCGGAAUAAAAUAUUAAUUCCGGAAUCUGCUUAUUGGUUAAGAGGAUGUCGGCUUUGGUGGGCUCCAGAUGACCCGGAGUAUAUUUCUGACUGUCUAUUUGCAUUGGGCAAUGUUUUAUCAUUUUCGAGAAUUAGUUAUCUUAUGCCAGCAUGGGAGCUACUUGGACCCCUUCAAAUAUCCCUGGCUCGUAUGGUGUCGGAUAUCAUACGAUUCAUGGCACUUUUUACAGUGAUGGUGAUUGCAUUUGUCGUCGGUUUAACUAAUCUUUAUUGGUAUUUUGCUAAUAUCAUUGUAUCUGUUGAUGCGCAUGGACAGUUGAUUCGUUAUGCCAGUGGUAUACCAUCAUUUAAAAGCACGGGUGCUACCUUUCAUACAUUAUACUGGGCACUGUUUGGACAAUCGUCAACUAAUGUGACAACUAUUGAUGAAAAUCUAGCCAGUAUGUACCCUGGUCAUGAAUAUUUGGCAGUAGACAGUAGUCCUUACAUAGUAAACAAUCUUGGAAGUAUUCUAUAUGCAAUAUAUAAUGCUUGCAUGAUUAUCAUUUUGUUGAAUAUGUUAAUCGCUAUGAUGAGCAAAUCAUUUGAUGAGAUACAGGGUGAUCGUUUAGAAGAAUGGAAAUUUGCCCGUGCACGUCUGUGGUUAGUGUAUAUUGAUCAAGAAGGUGUACUUCCGGUCCCAUUGAAUUUACUGCCAUCACGUGAAGCAUUAUCAUCGUUAUUAUCACGACUUCAUAGUAUAAUACAUUGGAAGAAACCAAAACUCUAUACAAAAUAUCAUUGUGAUUUACAAAAAAAUGAAAACACCAUUCCAUUUAAUCGACCUAAUAAACUUCAUUCAGUGAAUUCACAGUUAAGUCAAAAUAUUUGUAAAACGCAUACAACAACUACUGUCAGUACUUUAUUAGAUACUAACUCGAUACAUUCAAAUGAAUGGAUUUCAGAUGUAUCAGAAAGUGAGAAUGAAACUGAAAAAAUUCUUAACGAUUAUAAGCUUCAUACUGAUACUAUACGUGCAGAUGUAAUGCGUCGGUAUUUAUUCAAACUGCAGAAACAGAAAGAAGAAGAAUCAAAAUCGAGCGAAUUUUCCGUGAUGAAUAUUCAACGACAACAAAUACAAAAAAUGAUGGAUCAUGAAGUGAAACGUAAACAAGAAAUCAGUCAAGAUAAAUUAUCGCGGAAUAAUAGUAAAACUCAAGGUGAUGAAGAUAUUGACGAAGUACCAACAAAAUCAGCCACAGAAAUUGGUGAUGAGAAUAGGUUAAGAGGCUUGCGCAGUCUUUUAAUGCCACCUUCAGUUCGUAAAAAAUUAGAAGCUGUUGCAUCAGUCAAUCAUUCAGGUAAUGAAACAGAAAAACGUGAAGCUGCUGAAGCAGCUGCACGUUUCUAUUUAUUACAAACAACUAGAAAAGUGAAUGAUCCGAAUAAAUUAAAUGGUGGUGAAAGUUUUAAAAGUCGUCAGUCGUAUUCUUCUAAUCAACCGAAAAGUGAAUUAUUUACAGCACGUACUGAAAGACCAAUUAAAGGUGUACAUUUAAGAGAAUUAUAUGGUGUUGAACAAGAAAUGCAUGAUAUGUCGGAAGCUCUUUCAUCUUAUUCAAUGUCAGAAGCAACUAUCUCAGAGUUAAAUGAAUUAGAAACUUACUAGAAUUUUAACAAAACAUCAUGAUGAUGAUGAUGAUGAUGAAUAUUUGAUAUUGUUAUUCUUUAACGCAAAAAAAACACUAACUAAUAACAGAAUUAUUUCAAAAACGUUAAAAGAGACCUAACCGUAUAUCCUCUACAAAGUGAAAAAAUUCUAUGGACAUGGCCUAUGAUCUUCAUAUUUCCAAUCUAAUUUACUAUUCAGUUGUUUUUUUCUAAAAAGAAAUCAAUUUUCUCUCUUCUCACUAGACAGCAUAUUGUACUGGGAGAUUUGUUGUUUUAAAAAAUAAUUUUUUUUUCUUAUUUUCAGCUUUUCAAACAAAUUACUGUUUCAGCUUAUAUAUAUAUAUAUAUUUC